UCCGUCUUUACAGACUCGGGUCCCCGGCAUUUUAUUUUUCUGCUGUGACUGUUUAGUUGUAAAUCUAAUCGUGUGAUUUAAUGCUGGUUUGAUUGUAUUUCAAACGCAUACACCAAAUUGUGCUGCGCCAUGCCUGGAUUUUCAGACAGAGACCGCGGCAGGGACAGAGGGUAUGGUGGAGGCCCUCCUCGUUUUGGUGGUGGUACAGGUGGAAACAGGGGGGGACCUCCAAUGGGAAAAUUUGGCAACCCUGGAGAGAGGCUGCGAAAAAAGCACUGGAACUUAGAUGAGCUUCCAAAAUUUCAGAAGAACUUCUACCAGGAGCAUCCAGAUGUCACAUGCAGGCCAUUACAAGAUGUUGAGCAAUAUAGAAGAAGCAAAGAAGUUACAGUCAAAGGCAGAGAUUGCCCCAAACCAAUUAUGAAAUUCAAUGAAGCAGCAUAUCCAAGUUAUGUCAUGGACAUAAUUGUCAAACAAAAUUGGACUGAACCAACUCCAAUUCAGUCUCAAGGUUGGCCAGUUGCCCUCAGUGGCAAAGACAUGGUCGGUAUUGCACAAACAGGGUCUGGAAAAACACUGGCAUAUCUUCUUCCAGCAAUUGUGCACAUCCAACAUCAACCAUUUCUUGAGCACGGUGAUGGGCCAAUAUGUUUAGUGCUGGCCCCAACUCGUGAACUGGCUCAGCAGGUGCAGCAAGUGGCUGCAGAGUACGGCCAACCAUCUCGUCUCAGGAGCACAUGCAUCUACGGAGGAGCCCCGAAAGGUCCACAAAUUAGAGACCUUGAACGAGGUGUAGAGAUUUGUAUUGCUACCCCAGGUCGGCUUAUAGACUUUCUGGAGUGUGGCAAAACCAAUCUCCGCCGCUGCACAUAUCUGGUGCUUGAUGAAGCUGACCGCAUGCUGGAUAUGGGAUUUGAGCCUCAAAUUCGCAAGAUAGUCGAGCAGAUCAGACCAGACCGACAGACACUGAUGUGGAGUGCCACAUGGCCUAAAGAGGUUAGACAGCUUGCUGAGGAUUUCCUUAAAGACUAUGUUCAGAUCAACAUAGGAGCCCUGCAGCUCAGUGCAAAUCACAACAUUCUACAAAUAGUGGAUGUGUGCAAUGACUUGGAGAAGGAGGACAAACUGAUCCGAUUACUUGAGGAGAUCAUGAGUGAAAAAGAGAACAAGACCAUUAUUUUUGUGGAGACCAAACGACGAUGCGAUGAGCUUACCAGGCGGAUGAGAAGAGAUGGGUGGCCAGCCAUGGGGAUUCAUGGAGAUAAAAGUCAGCAGGAAAGAGACUGGGUCCUUAAUGAGUUCAGAUAUGGAAAAGCUCCAAUCCUCAUUGCUACUGACGUGGCUUCCCGAGGCCUAGAUGUGGAGGAUGUGAAAUUUGUCAUCAAUUAUGACUACCCCAACUCCUCUGAGGAUUAUAUCCAUCGUAUUGGACGCACAGCCCGCAGUCAAAGAACGGGCACAGCGUAUACGUUCUUCACCCCCAACAACAUGAAACAAGCCAGUGACCUCAUCUCUGUUCUCCGUGAAGCUAACCAGGCCAUUAAUCCCAAACUGAUUCAGAUGGCAGAAGACAGAGGAGGUCGAGGAAGAGGGGGUAGAGGUGGCUAUAAGGAUGACCGCCGCGAUAGGUAUUCUGGGGGCGGGAGAAACUAUGGGGGGAGUAAUUACAGAGAUGGUGAUAGGGGGUUUGGUAAUGGGCUGAAGAGUGCCUUUGGUGGUAACAAGGCUCAAAAUGGUGGCAACUUUGGUGGAAACGGUGGAAACUCUGGUAGUUUUGGAAGCAGCAAUUACAGUAACGGUAACGGACACAGUAAUUUUGGGGCACCACCAAACCAACCAGGUCCUUUUGGUAACCAAAACUUCCAGGGGCCUCCGCAGUUUGGAGCCAUGCAGAGGCCUGCUCAGAAUGGCAUGAACCACCCUCCCUUCCCUUUCCCCGCUCAAGCCCCACAGCCACCACCACCAAUGGCGCCCUACCCCAUGCAACCACCUUUUCCACAGUAAAAAUAUACGUAUGUUAAGGAACCAAUAUUCUUCCUUUUUCCUGAGUUUUUACAGUAUAUUAUCGUUUGUGAUAUUUAACUAUUGUUUGCUUACAGCUGGAUUGAGAUUAUUCAGUAAAACCAGCUAAUUUAAUGGUGCCCUUUGUGCAUCUAUAGUGCUGCACUUUGUGGACAGUUUUGUGUUGCAUUCCUCAGUUAUUUAUUUUUACUUGGUAAUGCAAUGUUAUAAUUUGUUUGUGGUAUGUUUAAUGUUUAAACUAUAAAAGGUGCAAGUUGCCCUUUUAAAUAAAUAAUAAUAAAAAUAAUGUGUGUUGUUAUUUCAUAAUACACUUGUACAAAAAUGUUGGUGUGCACAACAUACACAGCAAAUUCAUGUGUUAAAUUCACAGUGUUGGUGUUGUUGUGAGUAAAGUGAAUAAAAUCCAGAUAUGUUUCAACAUAGUCAAAA